AUGGACCAAUUACAAGGUUGUUUGGGAGAGGUUUUGCAACAGAAAAGGUAUUUACUUGUGCUGGAUGAUGUGUGGAAUGAAGAUCAACACAAGUGGAUAGAUAUGAGGGAGUUGCCGAUGAAUUGUUCCAGAGGUAGUAAAAUUGUUGUCACUACACGUAGUAAGAUGGUUGCUUUGAUUACUGGAACAGUUCCGCCUUAUUAUUUGAGAGGCCUUGGGCAGGACAAUUUGUUUCCUAAUCUAGUAGAAAUAGGAAAAGAAAUUGUGAAAAAGUGUGGAGGAGUGCCUUUGGCUGUGAAAACCUUGGGAAGGUUGUUGUACAUGAAAACAGACAAGAACGAAUGGUUGCAGAUAAGAGACGAUGAGAUAUGGGAAAUCGAACAGAAUAAAUCUGACAUCUUACCAAUAUUGAGGUUGAGCUAUGAACAGAUGCCAUCACAUCUAAGACAGUGCUUUGCCUAUUGCCCCAUGUUACCCAAAGGUCAAGAAAUUCCGUGGGAGGAUUUUAUCAAUCGCUGGGCUCAAGGAUUUAUCCAGAGUUCAAACAGAAACAGGAAGUUGGAAGAUAUCGGUAAUCAGUACUUUGAUGAGUUGCUAUCAAGGUUUUGCUUCCUAGAUGUGAUACAAGCAGCUUUUGAUGGAGAAAUAUUGGCUUGUAAGAUACACAAUCUUGUGCAUGAUCUUGCACAGUCAGUAUCAGGUGCAGAGUGCUUAAAUGUGAAACCCAAUGCUUUCGUGGUUUCUGAGAGAGUUCGCCACUUAUUCUUCCAUGCAGAAGAUAUGUCUAGGAAAUACUUCCCCAGAUUUUUGCUUCCUUUGCAUAAGCCAGAACUGGUGCAGCAUUUUACUGAACUUCGGUUGUUGCGUAUCUACGAAUGCCAAGUUUAUGUUCUCUUCCAAGAAGUAUUAGAUAUCUUACUUCACUUGAAAAGCUAUGGAUCUGGAACUGUGAAGAACUUGAUUUGA